GUUGCGGCUUUAUAAGCGGGCGCUGCACCACCUGGAGUCUUAUUGCGUCCACAGGGACAAAUACCGGUACUUCGCUUGUUUGAUGAGAGCCCGGUUUGAAGAACAUAAGAAUGAGAAGGACAUAGUGAAGGCCACCCAACUGCUGAGGGCGGCUUCCUCCAGCGGCCGCUCUUUCUGGUUUUUUAAUGAUGCUGAUUGUGCCAGAACUCCUGAGUCUCCAGGAGGGACCUCCUAUGAGAGAUAUGAGUGUUACAAGGUGCCCGAGUGGUACUUAGAUGACUGGCAUCCCUCCGAGAAGGCAAUGUAUCCUGAUUACUUUGCCAAGAGAGAGCAGUGGAAGAAGCUGCGGAUGGAAAGCUGGGAGCGGGAGGUUAAGCAGCUGCAGGAGGAAACCCCAGUUAGUGGUCCCAGCACUAAAGCUUUGCCCCUGGCCCGGAAGGAAGGUGAUCUGCCCACGCUGUGGUGGCACAUUGUGACCAGGCCCCGGGAGCGGCCCAUGUAG